CUCAAGACUGCCACAAGUCACGCUUUUCCCAGCCUUGACUUCAGUCGUCGCUGUCCACCUUCUCAAGCUUGUCGAUCUCCAUUGUUCAUACGCACAAUGGACUGAUCCGACUUCCUCCCCGACGCUGCUGUUCCUGUCAAGGGUCUGAUAUUCCUCCACUUUGUGAGCGCGACAUCGUCGCCCAAAAAAACCCCCCGUAAUCCCUCCAAGGUGGGCGAGAGGGUUCACAACACCUGCGCCUCGUCUUUUUCAACCUUAGCGACCUUUUCACAUCCUACCAGGUCCUGCCACUUCGAUCUCUGGCCUCGGUUCCGGAGUUCCCCUGCUUAGCAUUCCACCAAAGCCUGCCAGAUCUACCCUGCCUACGCCUCAUUGCGCUCAAAGGCAUCCAGUCUAUUGCUACGCACGUUGACAACCCAAAGACCGUCUUGUCGAAUCCAUGGAGCCUUUUGGGUUGUGCUAUGUUGGCUCGUUCGAUGAGCAAGACGUUGUGUGAGACAGCGGAAGGAAGAAUUGAAGCGUCGACUUUGGCUCGUACAAUUCACAUUCAUUUUCAAUACCAAUCCUCAGCUUGAUAGCCUGGCUUGACGCUGUUGGAUACGACGUGACGAAUCUCCUUGGGCAUCAUGGCGUCUUCUCAGGUCGGGCCGCCUCCGGGGAAGUUAUCGUUCGCGAAGGUCGCUGCAAUGCGUGCCCCUGCUCUCCCCACGCCAAACCCAAAUGCUUCUGACGAAAAGAAAGCUCGUCCUGCUGAGAACAUUAAUGCAAAGGCCAUACAGACCAACCUUCUCAGGUCUCCGGCAUCGCCGAGAAGGCCUAGCGAUCCACAGCCGAAGUCUCUGGAAGAGCGCACCCAGCCAGACUAUUUGGCAACUGCAAUCGAGGGCCUUUCUCUGGUUGAGGAUGCGAGCCUUGUAUCAGGUGGUCCCCAGAGUGCAGAAAGCGGAGAAUCCCUCGAAGAUGAUCAAUCUCAUCUCUCUAAUUCUUCUACCAAACACCAGAGUUUUGAUACCAAAAGCAUGGCUUCCGUCACAACCUUCGCGAUGGACGAGAAGGAGAGCAUUCGUCCGGAUGACAGUGCCAGCGUCAGAGCCGCAGAGGACGAAGAGACCUCAAAUGCGCCACACAGAGAAGACUUAUCAGCGUCAAACGCUCGUGGUACAUCGCGCCCAAACAAUUCUGGAGUUACUAUUGCGGCUCGCCGAUACCACACCUUGACUUUAACGAACCCUCCGCGAUUUGGAGAUCUUCCCCUUCCCAUCAUUCAAGCAGAGACCACGAACUGCCAGCCCCACUCCGAAGGGUCGAUAGAGCAGCCACGCGAGAUGCAUGAACGAGCUUCAUCACUUCCACUCGCGCCCGAUGAGAAGCUAUUGGAUGCAUUAGCCACCCCAAAAGAUCGCCUGCCUCUCCUUCAACUGGAAGAGAAGUUUCUGGCCUUUAUUACAAUGCCCGGAACCGAUUUUCUCGACCUACCGCCACAGAACUCCUUCGCCAGGCUUCUUGCACAUAAACUCGCAGACUAUUACUCGCUCGCCCAUCACAUCAAUGAGGACGGUACAUCGAUCCGCAUUUUUCGGACACCUGAUGUCUCAAUGCCCACCCCAUUGCAUGUCUUAGCCCAGUCCAUCCCUGCUGGGCCAUCUCAACCUCCUUCUGCUGCGGGUUUUAAGAUCAUGCGCAGGGUCGGUUUGGGUCCAAGGCAGGGCUCGGCCGGUGCCAGCACACCUGCGAGUUCGUCUGCUCCAUCCAAAGCGACUUCGGAAGCAGGCUUGGAAACGAAUAGCGAGGAGGGCAUCAUGUCUCCAGUGGAGGGGACGCCAAACAAAGACAAGUCCAAACUCACAAGAGAAGAGCGAGAAGCUCAGUACAAAGCUGCUCGAGAUCGAAUCUUUGGCGACUUUCAGGAGUCGGUGACGAGUGAGAGUGCUUCGACGGGGGAGAAUUCGGCAAGCAUGUCGCGGUCGAGCUCAUCUAGUGGCAAGAGAAAGGCACGCAAGCACAAAACGCCAAAGGACGAUAGUUUCGAAGCGCGUUCAGCAUUCAUUCCCAGCUACGCACCAAUGCAUACGUCACAAAUGCAUCCUCAGUACCAGCCGCAUUACUCGGAACAGGCAUAUCACGGGCAGUACCAAGCUCCUAAUGGCGGAUUUGGUGGAAACAUUAAUUACAGUUCGACACCCACUCAAGCAUAUCCUAAUUUCGAGUCUUCCAUGUCUUACAACAGCGCUCCCAUGGGCUACGGAAACAAUAGCAGCCAGACUUUCAGUCCUGCGGAAUCGUGGUCGUCGAUGCAAACCCCCUCCUCGAACGGGUACUUCAAUUACUCUGCCUCCCCAACUACGUAUCAGCAGAGCAUUUCUCCCAUGAUACCUCAGAUGAACAAUCAGUUCAUGCCAACAUCACAUCCGGGGAUGCAACAGCCCCAGAACUGGAUGAACAAUCAAUUCCAGGCUGCCUAUCCGCAACCCCAAGGCCCACCAGGCUCGAACAUGAACGGCUGGUCGGGCUACCAGGCUAAUGCGACUGUCAACAACGCAACAAACUACGGCUAUGGACAACUUCAUGCUCAGAACUAUGGUGGCAACGGCAAUCAGCCAUACAAUGCUCAAUAUCCCAAUCCGAGCGGCUACUCCAGAUCGCUCUUUAACCCACAGACCCGGUCCUUCGUUCCAAGCAAUUCCACAAGCCGCAAUGGCGGUCGUAGUGGCCACAAUAACAGCAAUAACAGCGGACGGAAGAAACCUUCUUCAUCCUCGUCUAGCCAGACUCGAGCAAAUAGCAUUCCUCCCACAAAAUCGUUUAGCUCAGAUGCUUCUGGUACGCCACCACCUGCACGGGCAUUCGAAAAGGGACUCGCCAGUAAUGUCUCGUCGCCCAAGCCACCUCCAGUCAAAGAAGACUCUCUCCAACAGAAAUAUGGCGCGCCUGCGCAUUUGCCUAAGAAGCCUCCUCCAUCGCAGGUCACGUCGCUGUAUGAUGUUGAGAAUAUCAACAACUCGAGUGCUGGCGGAACGGGGACGGGAACGACUGCAUGUGGAAAUACGAGUAAUAGUUUGACGGGACCGGGACAGGACAAUGGAUCAUCAGCAUGAGAUAUGGGAGUGGGCAGGGAAUUGGACACGUGCUCAGGCCGGGAUGGGCGCAAUAGCGCAUGGUAUUCAACUCUCGACAUUUAGUCUCUUUGCCCAUGCAAUUGAGGUAUGCAAGGACGCCAGGAAGGCAUGUUCAUGUGAUGGACCAAGUUAGCUUGGAUGAGGAAGGGAUCAAUCAUGCAUGUAUCAGGUUCCUCUUCGCGGCGAGAGGCACUGAAACAGGAGACAGGCUAAAACCAAAAGAACCAAAAGAACCAAAAGGGGAAUCCAAAACGUUUGGUUUUCAACGGAACAGAAAACAAGUGUUUUUGUACUCGGUAUGUGGCCACACGGCCCUCGCUUCCCCAACGUCUCGC